CCACCUCCAAUGCACAAGGUGUCUCAUCUGAAAAGAAACCUGAGCCCCAGGGAGGCGGCGCAGAGCGACCCUGGCAGAGCUGGCGCGAACAGGGCGAGAGGUCGCUGGGCAGCGCUCGAGGACAGAGGGAGCUCGGCCACAGAAGACCCCAGCGAUCUGAUCCUGGGAUCCCGGCUCCAAGCUCUCCUCGCAUUUUACAGAUUUCACCCCCGCGACUAUCUCCCCAAAACGGAGCCUUUAUAUCAAGAGAAGGUGCGGGAGCUGGGGCAACCAGGACUUUCCCGGGCACCCAAGAUGCGCUCCAUUAGGAAGAGGUGGACGAUCUGCACAAUAAGUCUGCUCCUGAUCUUUUAUAAGACAAAAGAAAUAGCAAGAACUGAGGAGCACCAGGAGACGCAACUCAUCGGAGAUGGUGAAUUGUCUUUGAGUCGGUCACUUGUCAAUAGCUCUGAUAAAAUCAUUCGAAAGGCUGGCUCUUCAAUCUUCCAGCACAAUGUAGAAGGUUGGAAAAUCAAUUCCUCUUUGGUCCUAGAGAUAAGGAAGAACAUACUUCGUUUCUUAGAUGCAGAACGAGAUGUCUCAGUGGUCAAGAGCAGUUUUAAGCCUGGUGAUGUCAUACACUAUGUGCUUGACAGGCGCCGGACACUAAACAUUUCUCAUGAUCUACAUAGCCUCCUACCUGAAGUUUCACCAAUGAAGAAUCGCAGGUUUAAGACCUGUGCAGUUGUUGGAAAUUCUGGCAUUCUGUUAGACAGUGAAUGUGGAAAGGAGAUUGACAGUCACAAUUUUGUAAUAAGGUGUAAUCUAGCUCCUGUGGUGGAAUUUGCUGCAGAUGUGGGAACUAAAUCAGAUUUUAUUACCAUGAAUCCAUCAGUUGUACAAAGAGCAUUUGGAGGCUUUCGAAAUGAGAGUGACAGAGAAAAAUUUGUGCAUAGACUUUCCAUGCUGAAUGACAGUGUCCUUUGGAUUCCUGCUUUCAUGGUCAAAGGAGGAGAGAAGCACGUGGAGUGGGUUAAUGCAUUAAUCCUUAAGAAUAAACUGAAAGUGCGAACUGCCUAUCCAUCAUUGAGACUUAUUCAUGCUGUCAGAGGUUACUGGCUGACCAACAAAGUUCCUAUCAAAAGACCCAGCACAGGUCUCCUCAUGUAUACACUUGCCACAAGAUUCUGUGAUGAAAUUCACCUGUAUGGAUUCUGGCCAUUCCCUAAGGAUUUAAAUGGAAAAGCGGUCAAAUAUCAUUAUUAUGAUGACUUAAAAUAUAGGUACUUUUCCAAUGCAAGCCCUCACAGAAUGCCAUUAGAAUUCAAAACGUUAAAUGUGCUACAUAAUAGAGGAGCUCUAAAACUGACAACAGGAAAGUGUGUAAAGCAAUAAAGCACAUUUUGAAACAAACAAUACGCACUUCUUUUCUGAAGAUGCUUCCGAAGAUUUGAAAAUAGGAUCCAAAACACGGCUGGGUUUCAGCAUCCACCAAUGAACUGAAAGGUGAAUAAAGGACGUUCAUGAGAAAUCGACUACCAGCUGAUGAAAUACCUGCAAAGUGCUCUAAAAAUUAAAUAUUUUGACUUUAAGGGUCCUAGUAAGUGCCACUUCCACUAAGAAUACAGUUUGAAUGUAUAAUCAGUAGUGUUUACAAGAUCCAACAGUGCACUCAUCAUUAGUUAACAAAGCAAAUAUGUUCAUCACUGUCAGGCUGCCCACAGCAACACCAAGCACAUUAGAAGAGGAACCCCAGGAACACAACUCAGACCUUGAGAAAUUAAACCAUCCUUGUCAGCAGAAGCCAAGAUGGAAGCAGUUUGAGCAAUGAAAUCCGUAAGAUUAAACAACUCAAGUAAAUGCCUUCAGUCAGGACUCUGAGUCUGAUCAUGAAUUUUCUUUUAAUUUAUGUUUUUGUUUGUCUUGUGGAAUCUCUUUUGGUUUGGAUAUUGGGAUCCUUAGAAAUCCUUUCUGAGAUACAUAUGAGUGAGGAGAUAAACUUUAAGUAAUUAUUUUUAAAGGUCUUAUACUUUUUAAAAGCUAUCACACAAAGACUUUUUUUUUUUUUUUUUUUUUUUUGUCUUGCUCUGUUGCCCAGGCUGGAGUGCAGUGGCGUGAUCUUAGCUCACUGCAAGCUCCGCCUCCCGAGUUCACUCCAUUCUCCUGCCUCAGCCUCCUGAGUGGCUGGGACUGCAGGCGCCUGCCACCACGCCCGGCUAAUUUUUUGUAUUUUUAGUGGAGACAGGGUUUCACCGUGUUAGCCAGGAUGGUCUCAAUCUCCUGACCUCGUGAUCCACCCGCCUCGGCCUCCCAGAGUGCCGGGAUUACAGGCGUGAGCCACCGUGCCCAGCCGAAUUUUUAAAAAAAGUUUUAUUUUGCACAGCUCUAAACCUCCAUAUUAUUUUCCGAUGGUGUAGAAGGUACCAGCUAAAGUGAACCACUAUGUAAUAUUAGGCCAUUCUAAAGGAAAGCUGUUCCAUGUCAUCAGAGAUGGUAAAAUAGGCAGGAAAAAAAAAAUUUUUGGUACCAAAGAUUACACUUGUGUUUCUACACAGCAAACCAUUUUUCUUUCAUGAAAAUAAUAUAUUAUUAACAUGAACAUAUUAUUUUGCUAUUAAUGUGAAAGUUGUCUCUAAAUAUUUUUUAGUUUUCAAACUCAUACUUUAUUUUCAUUUGAAAUGUUUUUCACACCUUUUGCAUUACAUAAUAAUUUUGUGGAAGCAUUUUGCCCUUUAGAAUAAAUAUUAGAUUGAUAUAGCUGAAAUGUGACUUCCAGUUCUUUGAUAUUCCCCUUGUUAUUCAAAUAGAAAUAUGGAAAUGCUUUAUAUAUUACUGUUAAAUUUCUUAGUGCAGAAAUAACAUUAUUAAUAGAGUAUUGUUUUCAAAACAGAGAUGAUUAAUUUCAAGAGGUUUAACAGUGAAAUUGUGUCAAUAUUUUGCAUUUAAAAUGAAUUCAAUUGACCUAUAUUUUCUGUAGUUAAAUUUAGUCACAAUAUCACAUGUUCUUCAAGAAACACAUGAAAUUAUUAAUAAAGUAAUUUUAAAAAUUUUAAUGUAUAACAGAAUUGACCAAUAGGCCAGUUUUCUGGUAACUUAUGAUAGUAGAUUGUUUCUUUAGAAACUGGGCAGAAGCACUGCAUUCUCACUUGUACUUUGAUUUCUUAUUUCUUGGGGAGGCAAUUUGAGGAAAGAAGAAAUGGCAUGAGGAAUAUAUGUUUUGUUUCUUCGGGAAAACAGUCUGAGAAAUGAAUAAAAAGCAUGAAGUACGUGUGUGUGUGUGUGUUACCAUGGAAAAGGAUAUUCACAGUAGUACAGUUCUCAAUAUUUUUAAUUAGAUGUCAUAUUUUUUUAAUAUAGUAAAACCUUGGGAUAUAGAAUAUUACAUCUUUUGAGAAUGUAUGUGUCUCUAAGUAAGUAAAAUCUAAUGUGUAUAGGAGACUGAUAGCUAAAAAUGAAUGAACAUUAAUGUACUUUUAUAAUUAAACCUCUUAUCUAUUGGAAAUUGUUAAGAGAAUAGAUACAUGUUUUGAAUGUAAAGUUGAAAAGUCUGGUUUACUUAACAAAUUGAAAGUGAUUUAUAAAAUCUAAAUUUGGACUACUUGCAAAUGAUAAGCUAUUCUAGUAGCCUUUAAUUUAAAUCCAACAGAAAUCUAGAAGUCACAAGCAAAUAUCUUAUAGGUAAAAUCCAUCUGGGCACUCAUUUAAAGUAUGUCUUAAAAAAGCAGCAGCAAGGUACCUUGCCAUUUUUAGUAUAUUUUCUUCCUUUUUCUUUUUUCUUUUCUUUUUUUUUUUUUGAGAUGGAGUCUCACUCUGUCACACAGGCUGGAAUGCAGUGAUGCCAUCUCAGCUCACUGCAACCUCCGCCUCCUGGGUUCAAGUGAUUCUCAUGCCUCAGUCUCCCGAGUAGCUGGGAUUACAGGUGCCCACCACCACACUCGGCUAAUUUUGUGUUUUUAGUAGAGACAAAGUUUCACCAUGUUGGCCAGGCUGGUCUUGAACUUCCUGACCUCAGGUUAUCCACCCACCUCAGCCUCCCAAAGUGCUGGGAUUACAGGUGUGAGCCACCGCAGCCGGACCAUUUUUAGUAUAUUUUCAAUAAAUACGUUUAAACAAUGUUAAGGCCACAGCACAUGUAUCUCAGCCAUUCAUUGUUCUGUGCAUUGAUGUUUAUCUCAUAGAUGCAUUGAGUAGUGCCUUUUUAACUUUUUCACAUUGCUUUGUCACCAUAUCCUUUGUGUUCUCUAAAUACAUUUGCCCACUUCCAAAAAUGUUCAGCAUGAAAAAAAGGGCUUCAGUAUCGACUGAGACUGCUUUUGUUCAUCUCAGGGAACUUGCAAUAGUCAAGAAUGAAUUCAGUUAAAGGUAUUUAGGGUUCAAAGAAGACAAACUGUACAAGCCCAUUUCAUUCCUUGUUGUAUACCUUUCCAUCUGCCCUCCCAUUUUAACUGUCUACUGUGGCCUUUUUAUAGGAACAGAGCAAGAUCAAUGAAGGCGAAUGGCAAGAAUAAGAAAAAGAGUUGAGAUUUAACCAAUAGCGGAGCAUAAAGGAUCAUGACAAAAUCAAAUUAUAAAAGCAUACUUGAAAUAGGUGGAGUUUUUUUCUUUUGAAAAUAUAUAUUCACAAUUUUAAUAUUUUAAUUUAUUUUUUACUAUUUAACCCUGUACGUGGCAAUGCUCAGGCAGCUGAUUGUGAAAUAUUCCUAUCCUUUACAGAACAUGGUUGUUAUUGUGCUGUUGACAUGAAUAGACCAUGUAAACAUUUUCAUCAUUAUUAUUCAGCCUGUGCUGUAAUUAAUGUUAAGUUGCUGAAAUAAAAAGUGAGCAAGUAAUAGAUUUUCUGGGCAAAUCUAAUGAUUCAGCCCACAGGACUGUUGAAACUACUGCGGAAGUUUUUCUAUCUGAAAGAAGGUGCUGGGCAUUCAAAUGUCUUCAUGUAUUGUAUAUCAUAUGAAUUGUAUAUCAAUUACUAAUGGGAAUUUCUACAUAUAUGCUUACAAAAGCAAUUUAUUUAAGUAAUGCUAGGGGUAGUGUACAUACCAAUUAGUUAUUCAGCUACUAUACAGAAAAAGGAUGAACAAAUUAAUUUAUUUCUAAUUGAGCCAGUUAGACGUAAUGCAUAUAACGUGAUAUUUGGUUCAUGAAAGAGUUGUUUUCAUGUGGUUAUUGUAGGGAGUAUAUAUAAUUGUGGAAGGGGUAUGGGAAGAGUUGUGUAUAGUUAGUUGUUAUCUCUACAAGUUUGAAAGUUUUCCCAUCAAACAUUAUCAAUAUACCAAUGUUUUAAAAAUUGAGUGAGGGUUAUUAUUUGUAUUUGAUGAAAGAAAAUCCAAAUAAAGCCCACCUAGAAAUAGAUAUUUUAUUAUAUAUGUGCUAUAGAUAUACCUAUAUAGUACAAAUAGACAUGUGUGAUGCAUAUAUACAAUGUUAUAUAUGUGUAUAUGUGUGUAUACACACUGAGUCUGUAAUAUGUACACACUAGAUUUGUGUUAUGCUAACAUCUUCAGGGUCUGCACUGUGAACUCCCCUGGAGAUAAGUAAGUCCACUUUAGAAUAAAGAAGUUCUUUUGAGACUUCAGUUACUAAUCUGCUUUAAGAGGUAUCUACUUUAUAACUGAAUUCUAUGUCAUUCAUACGUACAGUUACAGUAAGGGUCUAGUAUGUCCAAAUCUUAAAAAUAAUAAUAAAGAAGAAAAGUAAAGCCUUCAAGCUAGCAAUGUAUUCGAAUUACAGUUUUCAGAUUGUGGCUCCAGGCCUUGUGUUUCUCAUUUAAGUAGCACCUUUUAAUAAAAACCGUUUCUUUGUGUAGGCAAAAGCACAAGUGUUUCAAAUGUAAAUAGCAGGAAAAAAAAAAGAGUUUACAGAGAUAGCAUUGCUGCACAGAAUAAUUGGUACUGAGUAUUUCUUAUAGAAUUUGUGGAAUUGAAAGAUGAGGUUUAUUCUGUCUAGUUCAAGUUCAUUCUGUUCAACACUGUUUUCUUAUUGUUUGUGUAUAGCAACCAGGUAUUAUUGUUUUAUCAUUUGUAAAAUUGUAAAAUAAAUUAAAUCCCUUUUUUUCACUGUUUCUCUUAUCUCAUAUAUCCAAGCCCUUGGUUAUACUUUGUAUGUCAAUGUUAGGUGAUCAUUUUUAACAAGCUUUGGCUAGUGCUUUACUUUUCCACUCCCCUUAGCCCUAGUGGUUGGCAAUUAGGCAAACCGUUUAUUUUUAAGUGUAUACAUGGGAAUAUGAACAAUGUCAAAAACCCCAUAAAUAUUAGGAAAUCCUUAAUGAUAUUUUGUAUAGUACAUUCUGUUUGUGGUUGAGGGAAUAAAGUAUUUCACAAGUGACAGUCAUUUAUAUCCAUUUUAUACUCCCACUGACUAAUGUUAGUGGGUUGUUUUAGCUACAAUGACUUCAUACACACUGCACAUUCUAUGGUAGAUUUUUGAUUUAGUAUUUCAACUGCUAUUUGAUCCACUUAAUACUGUUUGCGAUUUGCCUUCCAGAGAUGAUUCUGAAAAACUACAUGCUUAAAUCUUCUUCCAUGGCUUUCUAUAACUUGCAAGUCUGUUUUCAGACUCUGUAUUGAUUUCUGCAGAAAUGUUUAACUGUAAUUUUAAGAAGCCACUGUAGCAUUCUGCAAUUUUGAAACAUUUACUGGAGACCAACAAUGAAGCACUGACAAUAAUUAAUACAUAUAGAUGUUAUUUAUAUUUGCAUAAUUACCUUUUUUCAAAGAUUCAUAUACAACAGGUUAUUCUUAGCUACUUUGGGGGAUAUAAUCAGAUCUCAUCAUGUGGAACUCCAUUUUUGAUGUUAUGGAAGAGAUUUCAGGAUUGUAAUAUGAGUUUUGAUGCCUGAAGCAAUUUUUUAAAAGGGAGUAUUUACAAAUAAUUUAUUCCUACUGUCAAAUAUUAUUUUAAAUGCUUAUUAUUUAAAAAUAGGUUUAGGUAUGGUUUUGCCUGAAAUGGUGGAUAGAUUUGCUAUAAUCCCUCUCUUUACUCUUAUUAUUUUAUAUUACAGCCUAGUCCUUUUCAAAAUAUAUUCUGGGAAACAUUGCUGUUCAACAUGCUCUGCAAAGGAAUGAUAUGUUCUCACAUAAUUCCACAAUGGUCUCAAGAAUUAAUAAGAGAUGGUAGCAUAUUACAAACCGAGAAGUCUCCAAAUAAAGAAAAUGUAUUAAAUUUUCCUAACCAAGAAUGUCAAAAUGUAUCAAAUUUUUGCAUAUUUAGUACUUAUUUUAAGAAAUUCCAAAAUACACUAUUUUUUACAAACCUUUUCCCAGAAUUAAAAACUGGGCAUACAUUUUUAUUUGCCUUAUGAUUAAUUAUCUAUAAUGUUCUACACAAUUUAUGAUAUAUAGAUUGCCUUAUUCACACCUUUCGUUAUAUUACAUGCUACAAUUUAAAAUGCAAGUGUCAAGAUGAACAUUUUGAUUACAUACGGGCUUUCCAUAUGGUUUAUUAAAAUGUACAUUCCUCUAAGUUUUCGAACAAGCUUUAUUAGCUAUGGAUUACUGAAUCAAAUCAAUCCAAUUCAACAGGGCCUAUAAUGUUAGUGUGAAAUGGAUUGAAUAUGCAUUCAUAGUAACCCAAAAAUGUAUCAGCCAUUUGAAUCUCCCCUUUCAUAUGUUAUCAAGACUUAAAUUGUCUUUACUCUGGGCCAAACAUAGUUUUUAAUACUUUAUGUGUAUUAACUGAUUUAAUCCUAAUAACAAGUCUAUAAAAUGGAUUCUGCAAAUAUUAUAAUUUCAUAGAUAAGAUUAAGGGAGAGGUCAUGUGAUGUGCUCAAGAUUACAUAGCUCAAAAAUGAGAGAACAAGGACUUGAAACCACUGACUUCAAUGUCCACCUCCCUAACCAUCACAUUUUGAUGCUGCCUUUUCUUAGCUGCCAAGAAAUUCUUUGGGAAACAGUUUGCAAAAUAGAUGACUAUUUAAUGAGUACAGAUCAAAAAUAUAGGUAAGUAUAUAGAAAUAACAUAUAAUUUAGACUUUGGUAAGGUCUAAUUACUGAUUCCUGCCCCCAAAUAGGACAAUCAUUUCUAAUAAGAAGAAUAUCUUGAUUUCCAGGUCAGUGUCUUUCCCCUGGAUGGUGCUGGAUAAAAACUGCAAAUUCUUGCUUCUGACUCUUCUUGUUAUAUUUUUUACACGCAAGCUGGAUUACCUUUAUGUUCAAAUCUGACUUUAUGUAUCCCAGAAUUUAUUACAUUACAGUUAUUUUAAAGUCUAAAUAUGAACUUCCUAUGUAAACAUUUUGAUUGAACUUAAAUGUUUUAUUCAUCUCCAUUAGCAACUGUUUGUAGAAAUCUCUUAAAGUUGAACUUCUGCAGAUAGCUAAACUCACCUAUUUGAUACUGUUUUUGUUUUGUUUUGUUUUGUUUACUAAUUUAUCUCUCUUCCUGGGGAUAGGAGUAACUUAAUCUCCAAAUUAAGGUGGCAGCUUAAAUACUUGCUUUAUAAACUAGCUUCAUUGUGCAUGAUCCCACGAGAAGAAAAAAAAUAAUAUCAGAUAUAAGAAUAAAACUAGUGGCUGGGCGCGGUGGCUCAUGCCUGUAAUCCCAGCACUUUGGGAGGCCGAGGAGGGCUGAUCACAAGGUCAGGAGAUUGAGACCAUGCUG